CUUUUGUUGUUGUGGUUCACCCCCUUUAUUUUUAUUUUUUUCUCUUUCUUCUCGCCUUUCCCCUAAUAUCAAAUACCUUUGGGAGCUAUUCUCUCUUUCACUGUCUGCUUCUCUCCCUCUUUCUCCGUCCACAAAACAAGGCUGCAAAAAAUAUAUAGUAGAAAAUAGAGAACAUGGCCUAUCGCUCGACGUCGAAUUUAGAACCUUAUCAUGGCGAUUCGUUAUUACCACCCAACAGUUUCUAUAGCACCGACACGAGCUACGAUUCUACAAUCGGAGGAGGAGGAGGAAUACGUCGGGCAAUGUCCGUAAUGUCAUCCUCCAGUUACCAAUACACAGCCGACGAUAACGAAUCGAUCCGAUCUGCGCCACCACCACCUGACACUGGCCUUCAUUUAUCCAAACAGGAUCUUGCCUCGUCCAUUGAAUCGUAUGAGAGUUUAGUCAAAGCAGCACAAGUAUACCAGGACCAAAUGAAACAACUUUCGGGAGCAGCUGCCGGGUUUGGAUAUGCGCUGGAACGGGUAGCACGAGGAAGAGGCGCUUCGGAUGCAGGCCAGAGUCUUCAAGCAGCAGCUGGAUUGCAAUUUCUUAUAUCGAAUCAUCAACAAAUACUGAGCGACAUGUUCAGCAAGGCAUUGGAGAUACCCUUGAACGAAAAUCUCAAUCAUCAUCGUAAAACAGUUGAGCAAAGCCAAGGGAAUUACGCAUCAGCGCUAAAGCUAAUGAGCAAAAAGAUCCGUGACACUGAAGCGCGCAAUAUGAAGAACGGCAGAAAAGGACAACGAGAUAUCCGACAAUUCCGCAAAGCGCUGCAGGAUCUUACACGACAGGUGGAUGAGUUAGAUCGGAUCAAGACGGACUACCAUCGACAUAUGGCAGAAGUAGAACGAAGGAACCAUUAUUUUAUACUGAGCAAAGUAGCAACUGUUGUGCGUGCCCAAGUAGAUAUCUACGAACGUAUCUCAAAUAAAGGGCUUGCCGAUCCGAUGCUAGAACAGAUGAUGCAUCAAAACCCGGACCCCUUUUGCGCCUAUUCUUCAACAGCCGAUGAAUCAACCGAGAUUUUCACCGUACUUCCGCCGGUAUCUCUGAUCGAUUAUCCACCUCAAACACCCAUCACAGCUUUUGAUGCUGACGACUAUGGCUUGUUUUCUUCAGGUGCAGCAACGCCGAUCCCACAAGAAGAUGAAGAUUCAUGGUCGCAACACCAGCAUCAGCAAUCACAAUUGCAGCAAGAAGAAGAAAAACAAAGCCAAUCACAACUAGUACAGUCACCAUCUUCAUAUCAUCACCAUCACCAUCAUCGUCAUCAACAUGAAACAACCGACGAACAAGAAAAACAAACAGAAAAGCAGCAGAAGCAACAGCAACGGAAAUCCGACGAAUUCCUCGGGGACAAUCGAAAGAAAUCGAAAGAGGAGCCUAAAAUAGCAGUAGUAGCAAAAACAACAUUGCAUGAGGAUGAUGAUCGCUCCUCGGCUGUUUCGUCAGGAGACGAAAGCACGCAGACACAGCAGGUCCGAAAAGAAACCUCAGUGGGAGGUGGCCACCAGCAGCAGCACCAUCCCUACCAUUCAUAUCACCAUGACCACCACCAUUCCCCAACAGCGCCAUCGUUACCGCCUCCACCACUGCCGCAUUCCCUUUCUCACAACAGCAGCAACCCGUCAUUGGAGGAAACAUGAUGAAGGAUGUCUGUGAUAACAUGUAUACUCUUUUCCUUGUCCUUACUUUGCUCUUUCAUGGUCGUUCCUUCUCAACUUUUUCACAUACAUUCGUUACCUUGUUUUCCAAAAAGAAACACCCGCAAGAUUCUUAUUUCGUUCAUAUUAAUCUUCUAUAUUAUAUGUUAUCGCCAAAGCAAAAAAUAAUAUGUGUAUUCUUCUAUAGUAUUUAUUUACACUGCAAUACUAAAAUCCUUAUCUCCUGUUUCAAACUUGGAUGCUCAUUUCAAU